GACAGACGGCACUGAAGGGAGGGGAGGGGAGAAACCACGCUCACACAGACUCAGUCACACCUUCCCCACAGCCUCGCACAGCCUCUGUCAGAGGCUGAAUAGAUCUCAGUGAGGAAGAUGCUUGUCUACAUCAGAGGAGCACCCAGGAUAGGACAAUAAUUCCCAAAGCUGCUGAGGCACAUACAUGAGUGAGCAGAGGAAGCCCUGAGGGGAGGACAGGACUGUUUCAAAAAGGACAGAGCAGUGGAUUCUGCUGCAAGGGACCUCAAAGAGGAGCAGUCUUAAACAUCUGCCUCUCUAAGCGGCUUUCUUCUUCUCAUUGCUGCUCUGAGGAUAUAUCUCCGUGCUUCAUCGCACAGCUUUAGAGAAACAGUGACCAUGAGUGAGGCAAAGAAAGGCGAACUAGCCAUCCGGGAUAAAGCAAUCCUGCACCAGCAGAGGCGUCUGAAACAAGCCACCCAGUUCACACACAAGGACUCAGCCGACCUUCUGCCCCUGGAUGGGCUCAAGAGACUCGGCACGUCCAAAGACUUGCAACCACACUGCAUCGUCCAGCGGCGUCUGCUGGAGGGAAACAUCACACGACUGCGCGGGGAGGCCCGGGACCCCAACGCAAGGGUUCGUUCUCCACUUGCCGACACCAAGGAUGGACCAAUCGAUGCUGAGGAGAGGAGCGAGAGCACAGCCGAUGACUCAACAGAGGAGAGGGAGUCUCUGGAGGAAAGCGAGCGGAGCCUGCGAUCAGAUGAAGAUGAUGAUAAUAGCGAGGCCAGAGCCAGACAGACAGCCGAGAAGCCCGACAGUACAGACAGCUCACCCCUCCUCACAGCUUUAAUAAUUCAAUGCAAGUGCUGCGAGGCUGAAGUCAAAGCAUCCAUCAACACUGGCAGCCUACAUAACCACAUCUCCACCUCCUGCUGCCAGAGACUGGGACUGGUACCCAGUCAGGACGGUUCAUCAUGUGGCAUGAGCAGCUCAGUGACAGAUCUGCAGCUGCAGUUGGGCAAACAGAUGGUCCAGUGUUCAGCCUAUGUUAAAGAGGAUGAGGCGUUUGAGCUGUGCUUGGGUCUGCAGACUCUGCUUGAACUUAAAUGUUGCUUGGAUCUAGGCAGUCGUGCUCUAAAGCUGCAGGGCUGUGACCAGGACCUUCCCUUCCUCAACACUUCAACUGACAGCCAGUGCCAACAUGACACCAACGAGAACCUGUGAGCCUGUCUCGACAGCAGCAACCACUUCUUCUAAGCUCUGCUGGUUGCAUCGGUGUGGACCAAUGCUGUUUGUGUCUGGACUCUUCAAUCACAGUGUUCCUCACUGCCAGAACGUGGACAAGCAUUUGCCUCCGUUGUUCUCGAGUUUACAUCGUUGUGUUUGCAGAAUUAAAACAUUUGCCACGAUUUUCUCUUAUACUAGUUUAGUUUACAGAGCAAAGUUUAAUCUCUUUAAAGUCUGAUCAUUAUUAAUUAUUAUGCUGUAAAUUCAAAUCUAAUCUUUUGUUGUGCUGCUUUGGUACACUGAUUCUCCCUGAAAGAGCCUCAAGUAUAAUUUAAGGUGACCUUAAGUGAACAAUUUAGUGAUUUGACUGUGCAAAACCAACCUAUUAUCAAUUAAACAAAGAAAUGCUAAUUGCAAACAUAAACCACUUCAGUUGAGUUAAUGUUAAUGAAUGGGUUUAUAUUUAAGAACCUACCACUCAUAGAAAAUCUGCCUACAGCACCAUUUAGACUUAAUACUUUACAUGCUGGUUAGCAUCCCGUCUCUACCAACAAAGCAGAUCUGGGUUGUAAUUCUUUAAUUCUAUAAUUCUUUGCAAGAUUGUGCACCAUAUUAUAACAGCUUAAUCAUUAAUCCUAUACUGAUUACUGUAUGGGAUAACUGAAAUGUGCAAUCACUGAAACAGUCAAUCUAAAAAUUGCAUCUAUAGAAAUGAAAUUUGCCAAGCUGAUAAACAGUCAAAUAAGCACAUGUAGCCUGAUAUUCAGUUUCCAGAUUGGAAAAACCAGAGGUUCCCAACCAUUUUUUUUUAUCUAACGGGUCCCCAUGAAUUUAUCUGAUGAGUUUAAGUACUCUAUCAUCUUCAACUUUCAUGUAACCUAAACACAUUUUACAACCGAAGCAGUAGAUUGCAGUAGGACUCUCAAAAGCUGGACAUAUCAGCCACUGUCUUUUUAAGUUAAAUGCUAAUUUUUCAGUCCAACUAUUUAUCCCCUCUGGCUUAUUGUUUCAACAGUUUAGUCACGGUAGCCAUUUUCCUUAUUAUUUUUAUGUGUUCGAUCAUUUUUAAGUGACACUCUGCAAACUAUUUUUCCAUCAUGUUUUAGCAAUUUGUUUAAUAAGUUACAGUCUUAGAAAUGGUUAUUAACUACUUCAAAAACAGAUGUUUAAAAAAAACACACAAUAUAUUCCAUUUAGCUGACUUGAAGAGAUAUAUUUAUCUCUACAUUUGCUAGUUAUGUAGCAUUAGCUAUCAUAUUUAUCUAUUCCAACAUGCAGCUUUUAACUUUAACAUUUUAACCAUUUUUUAACUUUUUUUUUUUAUCAGUUUUUGUGAUUUAUCAUUAACUUCAAACUUACAAUUUCAACUGUCCAUUGCUUUUAGAACAACUUAAACAGUUUGUUUAGCUAACAAGUUAGCUAACGCUAGCAUCAGUUUAUGCUUAAUACUUUUAUCUGUCAGUUUCAUGGGGUUGUGUACCUUGGUUCAUUGAGCAACCAUCAAUUGUGUCCAUUCAUUUCAGUCAUCUAUUUCAACUGUUUAGUCAUUAUUCUUAUUGUUCUGUAGGGGGAAAAGUAGUCCAAAUAUGACUUUUUCUUUUGUUCUUCCACAAAAAACAUUUUGAGAAAAGCUUGGAUUCAUUAAAUUUAGCUUAAUUGUUUUAAUGCUUAGAGCUUCUAACUAGCUUGCUGACAUAAUUUAUUAUUUAAACAGUGAAUUUCUUUUAAACAAAAUGCCAUUUCUACUUUCUCAAAUGAGCAUGGCUGUUCUCUGAUCUUUCCAUGUACCCCCUCCACCCUUGGUUGGGAAUCACUGGCUUAAACAUUCUGCAGGAACAUAAUUAUGUGAGUUUUGGAAGUGCUGUUUGGUUUAUUUUGUCAUCUUAAGGCAGAGUCGGUAUUU